UUCACAUAGACUAAAUCCUGAUUUUCCGUUUCAGUCUGUAGGCUUAGAUUACGCAGGACCAUUUAACAUACUAAAUCGUAAAGGACGUGGCUCUAAAUUAAUUAAGUGUUAUUUAUGCCUAUUCGUUUGCUUACGCUAUAAGUGUAUUCACUUAGAGGCAGUAAGUGGAUUAUCCAAAGAUGACUUCUUGAUGACUCUAAGAAGGUUUAUAGCACGCCGCGGCAAGCCAGUGGAAAUUUUAUCCGAUAACGGACGCAAUUUUGUUGCUACGGCUAGCGAGUUAAGUAUAUUUUUAAAGACUAAUGAAGUACCUCUAUCUAAUUUUGCAUCUGGAGAGGGGAUAAAAUUUUCCUUUAUCCCAGCUUACGCUCCUCAUUUCGGGGGAAUCUGGGAGGCCGGGGUAAAGUCCUCUAAGCAUCAUAUUAAGCGCGUUAUGGGCAAUAGUCAUCUUACCUUUGAAGAAAUUUCAACAUUGUUUGCUCAAGUGGAAGCGAUUCUUAACAGUCGCCCAUUGUGCCCGUUAUCCUCAUCUCCUGACGACUACCAUUUCCUAUCCCCAGGGCAUUUUCUGAUUGGAAGACCCCUCUCAGCGCUACCAUCACCCAUGUUGGAAGAUAUGAAUCCAAAUGGACUCAAGCGAUACGAACGACUAGAGCAGAUUCGACAGCAUUUUUGGCAGCGGUGGCAAAAGGAAUAUGUUGUGGAGCUGCAGCAAAGAACUAAAUGGAGAAUAAAUUCCUUUAAUCUGAAAGUUGGUGACCUUGUCCUGAUUCAAGAACCGUCAAUUCCUCCAUUGGCAUGGCGUCUUGAGCGUGUGGUACGCUUAUUCCCGGGACCCGAUGGCGUGUGUCGUGUAGCUGACAUUAAUACUACGCGAGGCUGCGUACGACGAGCCUUAACUCGACUGUGUCCACUACCAACUGAUGAAGAGAUGAACAGUUAAAAGACUUGGGAGUCUUUCAACGGGGCGGAAGAUGUUAAAGCCUGAUAAAUUUCUAUAGCAAAACCGGCUAACUAUCAUUAAUAUUACAUUUUACC